UGGGCGAGAUUCAAGCCAACACAUAGAGAAUGAAUCUUCACGCCCGCUGGAGAGGCGACUGGAGACUCAAAUCGAGGGGAUUCCGUGUGUACACUUCCUUUUAGCGAGUACGACUAGCGACCCUUACGGUGUUGAAUGCAGCAGGAGGACACGCAGCAUGCACUCUGGAUGGUCCAUUUGUUUUCCUACAGCUAAUUACACGGUACAUGACUCGGAUUUGAAGGCAGGCGAGGAUUGAGUGAAACUUUGUCAUCAAUCCCACGAUCCAUCCAUGUGUAUAAUCUUCUUCAAGUUUGACCCCCGGCCCGCAUCCAAAAAUGCCUACAGGCUAAUUUUGGCUGCAAACCGAGAUGAGUUCUACAGCAGGCCGUCCAAAGUUGCAGACUUCUGGGGGAGCAACACCGAGCUCCUCAGCGGCCUGGACCUUGAAAGUGGAAGGGAAGGAGGGUCAUGGCUGGGGAUCAGCAAGCGGGGCCACCUGGCUGCAAUCACCAACUACAUGGAAGCGCGGCUCAACACUGAUGCACAAGGACGAGGAUUUCUAGUGUCUAACUACCUUAUGGACAAGGAUCUGAACAGCUACUCGUACCUAAAGAAGGUGUCAGCAGAAAGCCACUUGUACAACGGCUUCAACCUCCUCACGGCAGAGUUCAAAGCCAAACAAGACAUAAUGUGUUACUAUGGAAACAGAGGCAGCCCUGAACCCAUCCAUCUAAAACAAGGAAUCUACGGCUUGAGUAAUUCGCUGCUGGACACUCCAUGGAGGAAAGUGCUGCAAGGAAAAAGUCACUUCACCAGCGUCGUCAGUGACCAGUCCCUGUCCCGCGAUGGACUGAUGCAAGAGCUGCUCAACGUCCUCUGCAAUGAGGAACUAAACACGCCUGAUCCAGUUCUGGAGGGCCAGAAUAACGGUUACAGCAAGCCCGAGAUCGAGGCUCAGUCCGCAGUGUUUGUUCGCUACGCUCAUUAUGGCACAAGGGCCAACACAAUUAUCCUGAUCGACGCAGAGGGUACCGUGACCUUCACCGAGCGCACCAUGCUCAACUGUGACACAAGCAAAUGGAGGACCAGCUCUUUCCAGUUCAAACUGCAGGAGUGAAGAAACGAUGAAGGAGACCCACUCUGUGCCUUUCUUCAGCUCGUUGACUCUUGCUGCUUCCUUAACAUUAGCGAUAUGUAUUUCUUACUUUGUAUUGAAGUUCAAAUGCAUCUUUUGAAAAUGUCUGCUAAUUUAAGAUUGCCAAAGAAAAGUACACAUUUUCUAAAGGACCAUUUUUUUUAGCUACACACAAAACAGCAGGCUUGGGUUUCUUCCAAAAGUCUGAUGCGUGACAAAUUGCUGGUAACCUGCUUUGAAAUGCAAUCCAUACCAUCAUGCACAAGAUUAUUUAUUAUUAAAUAUGCACUUAAUGCACAAUUUCUGGACUACAAUUUGACAUUAUUUUCUGUUUUACACAUUAGAAAAUAAUUGGGUCAUCACUGUAUUCAUAUAGAAUGUAUCAUCUUAUUUAAAUGUACAGUAAUUGACAUAGAUUAGAGUUAUGACUACUUUUUCAAUGUUGGUUUAUGUCAGUGGUUCUAAAACUGUGGUACUACAGGUGGGGUGCCGGUGGAAAUGCAGAAAGACCUUUUAUUGAAAGAUUCACAUAUUACAAAAGUUAAAAGUACACAAACAUAGAACUAAGUCAUUUAUAAAUAUACUGCGAAAUGCCUGUACUUUCGUGUAAAUGUUUACUAAUGCCAAACACAUGCGCGACAGCCAAAAUUCUUGGCGGUCGAAUAGUCCUUUUUGGUUCGGAAGGUUCCUCACGGUGCGAAAUACACCAGACGUAUCUAAGUGGCCGCCAUGAUAAGUGCUGGUCGAUUUCUGUAACCGGAAGGAAGGAAAGGAGCUUGAAUGCUUCCUUAUUUAGCUCCUUUAGCAUAGGAAACACUGGUCCUUACUUUAUGAAAGGAAAGGAGAUGAUGCUGCCCCACAAUACUUUGCGGCAACAACAUUUGAAGUGCCAGUCGGCCGUCCAUGAGAACAAACAAUCGUGGCCGACAAACAGAUCAUGUAAAUAAGGUGUUUCAUGAAUUAUUGUCUGUAUAUUCUUAUGAUCAGAUUGUAACCUGCAUAAAAAUCAUUACGAGUAAUAUGAGACACUGUUAGUGGGAGAUUGUAUUUAAUUCAGCAUCUUUGAAAUUGAACAAUGACUUUUUAGUCUGCAUAUCUGACCUCCAGGUCAUAAAUGGAAAACAACAAUAUGAUCACCAUGUGUCCAAUUUUAGUUUAGCGUUGAACUCUGACAAUCCCUUGGUUUCAGCAAAUGUUUCAGACAAUGGAUCUCUAAUCACUUCCAUGGUGAAAGAAAAAGAAGAGCAUUUUGCAGCUAAUAUAAAAACCCUCUCACUUGG